UUUGGAAAUCGAGUGGGUGUCUGGUCCGUAACAAAAAUGCCUCUUCCUCCGGAGCUACAGGCCCGUCUUUCAAAGAGAGGACUCCUGAAACAGAAAGGAGAGGAUGGAGAGAGUGUGGGAGGAAAAGAGGAAUCUGCUACUGUUUCAAAGCCUGCAGUUGACUAUGCUGAGACUCUUGUAUUACCUCCAAAUUGGAAAAAAGUACUAGAUGAGAAAAUGGGUCAUCCAUACUUUUGGAACACCAAGACUGGUGAGGUGUCAUGGCACCUUCCACCUGGAACGAAAACUGUUUCUGAGAAGAAGCCACAGGCAAAGCCCCAACCAGAGCCAGAGCCAAAGCCAAAGCCAAAGCCACCACCCAAAGUCCAGAUGCCGACAGUGACAGUGAGUAAAUCCGAGGCUGUUGAGAAACAGUUCAAGGAGAAGACCAACAGACCAGCUCCCUAUAAGAUCAGCAACAAGCCAACUUUUAUUUAGGGAGGUACAAGCCACCUUCUGAUGAUAUUGAUCCUAUGGACCCUGCCGCCUACUCUAAUAUUGCCAGGGGCACAUGGUCGAGUGGUCUGGAGAGAGGCAUUGAAGCCAAGACGGGAGUGGACAGUACAGCCAGUGGACCUCUGUUCCAGAUGAGGCCCUACCCCAGUCCCGGGGCCAUCCUCAAGAUGAACCAAGAGAAGUCGGCCUCCUAGCAACAACUCCUCCCAGCUAUACCCUGCACUUCUGUUCAUGAUCAAACCUGCCCAAGAAACACUGCAUGCGUAUCACAUUUUUGUGAACCACUAGUAUAAGUCCUACUGUAUGUAUCUUGUCAACAUGUUUCCCUGCUUUGCCUUCUCUGUGUAUAUAUAGACCUCAUACGUGUGAAUCACAGCGCUUUGUGUUUGAGGACCAUAAUUCAAUAUUGCAGCUGAUU